GGACCUCGGCGUCGGUGGGGAGGCAGACCCAGCCCAGAACUCUGAGCGGUUUCCUGUUGCUGGCUCUAAACCUCUGCACAUUCCCGCAGCCCUCCAGACUGCCCAGGGCGCGCUGCACCGCUGCCUGCCUGCCGCUCAGGGUUCCCAGCACCAUGAGCGCCUGGGUCUUCUUUCUCCUUUGCCUGGCCGGGAGGGCCUUGGCAGCCCCUCAACAGGAAGCCCUGCCUGAUGAGACGGAGGUAGUGGAGGAAACCGUGGCUGAGGUGGCCGAGGUUCCUGUGGGGGCCAGCCCUGUCCAUGUGGAAACAGGUGAAUUUGAUGAAGGUCCUGAGGAAGCAGAAGAGGAGGUGGUGGCUGAAAACCCCUGCCAGAACCACCACUGCAAACACGGCAAAGUGUGCGAGUUGGAUGAGAACAACAGCCCUAUGUGUGUGUGCCAGGACCCUACUACCUGCCCUGCCCCCAUGGGCGAGUUUGAGAAGGUGUGCAGCAAUGAUAACAAGACCUUCGACUCUUCCUGCCACUUUUUUGCCACCAAAUGCACCCUGGAGGGCACCAAGAAAGGCCACAAACUCCACCUGGACUACAUUGGGCCUUGCAAAUACAUCCCCCCCUGCCUGGACUCUGAGCUGACAGAAUUCCCCCUGCGCAUGCGGGACUGGCUUAAGAACGUCCUGGUCACUCUGUAUGAAAGGGACGAUGAUAACAACCUCCUGACCGAGAAGCAGAAGCUGCGAGUGAAGAAGAUCCAUGAGAAUGAGAAGCGUCUGGAGGCUGGAGACCAUCCCGUGGAGCUGCUGGCCCGGGACUUUGAGAAGAACUACAACAUGUACAUCUUCCCUGUGCACUGGCAGUUCGGCCAGCUGGACCAGCAUCCCACUGACGGGUACCUGUCCCACACAGAGCUGGCUCCACUGCGUGCACCCCUCAUCCCCAUGGAGCACUGCACCACCCGCUUUUUCGAGACCUGUGACCUGGACAAUGACAAGUACAUUGCCCUGGACGAGUGGGCUGGCUGCUUUGGCAUCAAAGAGCAGGAUAUUGACAAGGAUCUCGUGAUCUAAACCCAUGCCUCCUUCUACAGUACCGGAUUCUCUCUCUCUGACCUUCCCCUUCCUGUUUCCCCCAAUGUUUAAAAUGUUUGGAUGGUUUGUUGUUCUGCCUGGGGACAAGGUGCUAACAUAGGUUUAAAUGAAUACACUAACGGUGCUAAAAUGGAAAUUGUAACCCAAGUCAUGACAUUCUUAGUUUUAUCUCGGCCCUUGAGGCCUCUCGCUUACCCCCUGACAGCCCUGUUUUCCCCGCCAUUUGCGGCACUGCGCGCUGUCCUGGUGGCUUAUGGGUGGAAGCUCUCAGCUGUUCAUCUGCCUUCAACACCCAGUGCAUCUUCAGGCCUUCUGUUUCUCUGAAACUAAUACUCACUGAGUUAGACUUUGUGUCAAUUUUAUUUCAGGGUAUUGGCUGCCAGGGGCUCUUCCCCCUUUGGCUUGAAGGUGGGCAAAGGGAAGUAACACACGUGAUGUUGGCAAGGGUGUUUCUGAGACUGAAGGGCCAGGGGUGGGAGAAAUCCCUGAGACCCACCAGGAAGGUAGAUCGCAGGCCUUGUUUGCUGUGACUGACAGACAGAAGCUGAGUCCCUGUCACAACAGUAUACAAACCUCACAUGAACCCUGAGCCUCGCCCUUUCCCCCCUCACCUUCCAGUGCCAUCUCUUUUCACGUUAGGCUAGUUGCUCAGCCUUUUGGGAGGUGUGAGCCAUCGCUUCUCUGGAAGCCACCAAGGCUCUGGGGGGUGGGCCAGCACAUUCCCCAAGGCUUCUCCCUGCCUACCUGUGUUUGGGAGACACAGGACUGCGAGGCGCUUUCAGCCAGGAAGGUCAAAAUCAAGAGUGAGGCAUUGGAAGUUGUAAAAUAGCCAAAGUGGAGUUGGUGGAUUGGUUUUGUUUCUGCUUUUUCAUGUUCAGGUGGCUGUCAUAAGGGGCCUUUGCCUUGGUUUCCAGCACGGCCCUUCUUUUCUCCCCCUCUCCCCCUUUUUUCCCUUCUAUUAAUCAAGAGAAACUUCAAAGUCAAUGGGAUGGUCGGAUCUCACAGGCUGAGAACUUGUUCACCUCCAAGCAUUUCAUGAAAAAGCUGCUUCUUAUUAAUCAUGCAAACUCUCACCAUGAUGUGGAGAGUUUGACAAAUCUUUCAAAAUAAAAAGUAACGACUUAGAAACUG